GCUCCACGGUCUAUUUGGUUCCACAUGGUGUGGCGGGUCGUGCAGUCCCGCACGGUCCAUCUGCUCCGCCGCUCCCGCUUCUCCGUCUCUGCAGGCGGCUUCUCUCCACUCUUGAUGCCGGAAGACCCAAAGCGGCCCCGACGGGAGGAACGACCCAUGGCGCUGAAAAUCGGCACCCACAACGGGACCUUCCACUGCGACGAGGCGCUGGCGUGUUACCUGCUGGGGACGCUGGAGCCGUACAGAGAUGCAGAGAUUGUUAGAACCCGGGACCCGCAGCUUUUAUCGCAGUGUGAUGUAGUUGUCGAUGUGGGCGGCGAGUAUGACCCUUCUCGGAACCGCUACGACCACCAUCAAAGAUCUUUCUGUGAAACCAUGAACAGCCUAUAUCCUGACAAACCGUGGGUUACCAAGCUGAGCAGCGCUGGCCUGGUAUAUGCCCACUUUGGCACACAGAUACUAGCCACGCUCCUGGGAACCGAUGAGGAGGACCCUAUUAUACCAGUCCUAUAUGACAAGAUGUAUGAGAACUUUGUUGAAGAAAUCGAUGCUAUAGACAAUGGAGUAUCCCAGUUUGAUGGGGAGCAGAGAUACAACAUUACCACCAACCUGAGCUCCCGAGUUGGACAUCUCAACCCACGCUGGAAUGAACCUGAUCAGGACACAGAAGCUGGAUUUAAGAAGGCGAUGGAACUGGCAGGGACAGAGUUUGUGUCACGCUUGGACUUUUACCACCGUUCUUGGCUGCCGGCUCGAUCUUUGGUGGAAGAAGCCAUCAGACAGCGAUUCCAGGCGGAUGGCAGUGGAGAAGUGGUGAUCUUGGCCCAAGGUGGAUGCCCAUGGAAGGAGCACUUAUUCCAAGUGGAAAAAGAAAUCAAUCUGGAGAAACAAAUUAAAUACGUGAUCUAUCCAGAUCAGAGCGCUAAGUGGAGGGUGCAGUGUGUUCCCACAGGUCCCAACACCUUUCAGAAUCGGCUUUCUCUACCAGAGGAUUGGCGUGGUCUUCGAGCAGAUGAUCUCUCCUCCAUUAGUGGCAUUCCUGGUUGCAUCUUUGUUCAUGCCAGCGGUUUCAUCGGUGGAAACGAGACACAGGAAGGUGCUCUGGAGAUGGCACGGAAAGCAUUGACGUCCUAGAGUUGUUACUACGUAGGAUACAGCCAACUGUACCAUUCAAUGCGGAAAAAUCUACAAUUUGUAUUUAUACCAUGUGGCAUCACUAAAUAUUUUUGUAUUGACCA